AAUAAUGCAUUUAUCAAAAAAGCGGUAGUGGUAUUUGGUAUUUUGUUGGAGCUGUAUAAAUAAAUUAUCAUACCACAAUGGAUGUCGUUGGAUUUUCCACAGAACCAAACAAGACUCCAUUUUUCUUUUAGAAGAAAGAUAACACAUCCUCUUUUCUCUUCCUUCCUCUUCACUGUGUAGAAUUCCAGAAACAUUGUUAAGAGAAAAGCCACUGAAUAGUAAAAUUAGUGAAAAUGGGAUCGUCAGGAAAGUCGAAUGACGAGAUUGUGGAAGAAAUCAUGCGAAUUCAUCGAUGUCUACCGACAAGGCCAUCGAUUGAAGAAGUUGAAGCUGCAAAAGCGUUAAUUGGGAACCUGGAGAAAGAAGAUCAGUUAAAAUUAGAUGCAAUUACGAGGCAAAAUAAAAGGAAAGAUGUCCCAGAAGAGCUGUUUAGAAUUUUGCAAGAGAUGCAGAGGAAUUUUGUUCAUUUCCAGAGCAAAGAGCAGAAAUGGGAGGCUUUGAAACUUUUAGAUCUCGAGAAUGUUCACUCUCUAUUCGACGAUUUGAUUCAGAGAGCUUCCAAAUGUUUGCCAUCUAAAUCUCAGGCUAAUGAUAACUCAGCUUCCUUCUCCGGCAGCAGCAGCUUAAGUUCUCCGACAACUACAGCAACUGCGACUGCAAUUACUUCUUCGUCGAGCUUUUAUAACGCGAAAGAGCCUGUUAAAGUGUCUGAAAUGCUUAGUAGAGAUGAUAGUUACUUGAAUAAGGCAAAGGCCACGUUUCUUGUGGAUGGAAUUGGUGUUGGGCUUCGAUCUGGGGAUGCUUUAUUAGGGCCCAAAAUUGUUGAUUCCACUUUAAAGGCAGCAACUACUAGUGGUCAAGAUGGUGAGAAAUUAAGUUUGAUUAAGCUUGCUAGUAUGAUUGAAGUGUCAUCUAAAAAAGGAAGUCGAGAGCUUAUCCUCAAGAAUAAGUUGUCGGACCAGGUGGAAUGGCUUCCAGAUUCUAUAGGGAAGCUAUCAAGUUUGAUUACUUUGGAUUUGUCUGAGAAUCGAAUUACUGUCCUGCCUACCACUAUAGGGGGGCUUUUGUCAUUGCAGAAGCUAGAUUUGCAUUCAAACAGAAUCGUUGAACUGCCUGAUUCCAUUGGAGAUCUGCUUAACUUGGUCUAUCUUGAUCUCAGUGCAAAUAACUUGAAGUUGUUGCCAGCGAGUUUUGCGAGGUUAGCUCACCUUCAAGAACUUGAUCUGAGCUCUAACAUGCUAUCAGUACUCCCUGAGACAGUUGGCUCCUUAGUAAGUCUUAAGAAAUUGAUUGUGGAAACUAAUGACCUUGAGGAACUUCCUCACACUAUUGGUCAAUGUACUUCGCUCAAGGAGCUUCGUGCUGACUAUAACCGGCUUAAAGCUCUUCCUGAAGCAGUGGGACGAAUUGAGUCUUUGGAGAUUCUGUCUGCGCGUUACAAUAACAUCAGGCAAUUGCCUACGACUAUGUCAUCCCUUACAAGUUUGAAAGAGCUCAAUGUUAGUUUCAAUGAAAUUGAAGCCAUCCCUGAGAGCUUGUGUUUUGCUACUACGCUGGUCAAGCUGAACAUUAGCAACAAUUUUGCAGACCUGCGGUCACUACCAAGGUCCAUUGGGAACCUUGAGUUGCUAGAAGAAUUGGACAUGAGUAACAACCAGAUUAGAAUGCUUCCAGACUCAUUUAGGAUGCUCUCAAGUUUGCGGGUCCUUAAAACCGAGGGAAAUCCUUUGGAAGUGCCACCAGGAAACAUCGCUGAGAAGGGAGCACAGGCUGUUGUUCAGUAUAUGGCUAAUCUGGUAGCAAAUAGGGAUGUGAAGGCACAGCCGGUGAAGAAGAAGAAAUCCUGGGCUCAGAUAUGCUGCUUUUCAAGAUCCAACAAACGUCAGCGCAAUAGUGUGGACUAUGUUAAUGCCUGAUGUGCUGCAGCUUGGAUACAAAUGUUUGAACACACUAUACAUAUGGAAAAUGAGCUGUGAUUGGGCUGGGAGAGUCAGCUGCCAUUUUGGUUGAAUUCAACCAUUUUUUGCCAGCAAAUCAAGCCAUUUUGUUGUUCCAGAUCUGGCAUUAAUCCUUGCCACGUGUUCCCUCUUUUCAUUUUUCCUCAUUUUGUUUCAUUCCAUGUAAUUCUUUACUCCUCUGUGUUGUUAUUCAGCUGUAACUUUUCCUCUUGAUAAUGUAAAAUGAGAUGUAAAAUCUAUAUUACACGGAAAACGAAGUCGAAAUUUCUCGUGUUUGAAUUCCCUCGGAAGUAAAUUAAUCAUUGAGUUUACUGAGUUUCAUCAUUUCUGA